AUGUGGAGGGUCGAUGCUGGCACAAGGCCUACGGGGAAAAAGAAGAACAAGGUAGAGCGCCAUGACAACGCCGCUCACCGUGGCCGUGGUAGCUGGGACGGGAACCGUAUUGGUGGACGCCUGCUUCCCAUCUGCAGCCACUUUACACAGCCCGCAAUCGCCGACAUUCCCGCUCCCCCAGACAUCUUCGUGGCGGAUUGGUAA